AUGGACACUCAUCAAGUUGCCGGCUAUGGCCGCCCACAGAAAGUCCGAAAUCCGCAGCGAGCGACCCUGGUCGCGCGGUACCGCAACCGGUGGGCGGAGGCUGCCCAAUCGAAGGGCGCACGUUGUCAAUUACUCAACGAGGCGGCCAGUUGGGUGUGGCUCACGUACGGCGCGGAUGAUCCUUGGACCGAGGUCGGUGACGUCGAGAACGGCGCUCUGAUUGAGGCCGGGGAGUGGCUCGCAAACGAGGGCGUCGUGCCAGACAUCAACCAGCCGCAGUACAAAGCAGUUCGCUCGGAUAUACUCCGUGUGCUCCAACUGGAGACGCAGAACCAGGCCGAGUAG